GGCUGCACAGACCCCGACUCGUCCGCUGCCUACGCGUCGCCCCGUUCCUCCCCAAAUCCACUCGGAGACGCGCUUUGUAAAUUCCAUUUUCCCAACAAGCCGUUCCUCCGACUCGUGUAUUUGCACGCGGGGUCAAUAUUUAACCACCGAUUUGGUGCCACAAGCGAGGCUGCGGGGCGCAGCACAGGCGCGACCUGCCCGAGAGACGCCGUUUCCUCGGCGGCACACGCAGAUUUUCCAACAUUUCUCGCGACGAUGUGAAGCGGCGUCUUUGAGCCAGAAGCGGUCUCGGUCCACUCUGUGAUGCCCAGCAGGUUUUAUCUGCGUGUGUCGAUCUCGCUCGGCAGCCACCGCCGAGCUGGCACUCCGUGUAGGUUGAGUCAGGUGUUUCUGGUAUCAACCACAAGAAAUGUCAUCUUAUCUGCCCCCCCCUAAUAUAUAGAUAUAUAGAUAUAUAGAUAUAUAUCUAUCUAUAUAGAUAUAUAGACAUAAAAACACAUGUAUUUCUUUAAUCAGCUCAUUUUCGUGGCCAGUUGCCGAUAUGAGCCAGGAUUACGCAUCAAAUUACGCACUUCACUGCCGCGGACCAAACACGACACCCACAGUGGCGUGUCCGUCGGCGGCACACAGUGUUCCGUUCCCAUCGCCGUGGCUCGUACCUUUGUCACUUUGCACACAUCGAGAGCGACGUGUUGAACGCGUCGUCCCAAUGCCCAGAGAAACACGCAGUUCGAGCGUGUCGAGCGGCCGCCUCCGGUUUUUUUCUUUUUAUGACUCAGUUCAUUCACAUAUCGAAGGGAGGGGACGCGGACGCGCACGGACGCGCGCUCAAACACGCACCGCUCGCCGACUUUGAGCUCAGUGUAAAUGGGUCUGGGUUUCUGACGAUGCCAGCAAAUGUCGCAACAGGUUUCUCAACCGGGCAUUUGCAACGACGAACGGAUCCGAGGGAGAGGGGCAGAGGAACGCGAGCCGACGGUCGAAGCGAGGGCACAGCGAAGAAACGGCCACUGCCUGGGUAUUGCUAAAUGCUGCUUUAGAGUGAAGACGUGCAAGGCACCAGCCUACACAUGGAGUCCAGGGUUCCACACCACAUCCCGGGAGUGUCGUCAUCUGUCAUAUCACAGCCCCUGCUGGACAGUCGAGUGCCCUACGGCCGCCUGCAGCACCCCCUCACCAUCUACCCGAUCGACCAGAUAAAGUCUUCGCAUGUGGAGAAUGACUACAUUGAUAGCCCAGCUGUCGUUUCCCAGCAGCCCCCGAGCCAGAAGACUGUAAACCGAAGAAUCACCUGGCUUGGUCAGAAUCAAGAGGCUUUCCUUGGGGCAAACCACAACCAUCAUCACAAUCACCAACACCAGCACCACCAGCAGGGCAGGUGCGAACCUCAGCCUCAACAGGAUACCACCACCCACCCUUGGAUUUCCUUCAGCGGGAGGCCCAGCUCUAUCAGCAGCAGCAGCAGCACCUCAUCUGAUCAGCGGCUGCUGGACCAUGCUGCACCCACCCCAACGGUGGACCACCACCCGAACCUGCACCCCCACCAGGGCCCCUUCAACACAGUCACUGCCCGAACUCCAGGCUGCUUCACUUCCUCCGAAUCUAAGGUCCUAACCUCCUCCUCCUCCUCCUCUGCUUCCUCCGGCUCCUCCUCCUCCAAAUCGCUGGACCUCAAGUCUGCAAAGAUGCCUGCAGGAGGCGUGUGCUCCACCGGUGGCCAGCAGGGGUUGGCGCUGAUUCCUUCCUCCCCGGCCGAGAAGAAGCACCUCCUUCUCUGCGAGCACUGUGGGAAGUGCCGCUGCACGGAGUGUACGCUUCCCAGAACCCUACCCUCUUGCUGGGUCUGCAACCAGGAGUGCCUGUGCUCUGCCCAGAGCCUGGUGGAUACAGCCACCUGCAUGUGCCUGGUCAAAGGGAUCUUCUACCACUGUACUGAAGAUGAGGACGACGAAGGCUCCUGCGCAGACAAGCCCUGCUCGUGCUCCCAGGCCAACUGCUGCGCGCGCUGGUCCUUCAUGGCGGCGCUUUCCCUUGUCCUGCCUUGCCUGGUGUGCUAUCUUCCAGCCACGGGCUUGGCCAAACUGGGACAGAAGUGUUACGACAAUGUUAGUAGGCCUGGCUGCCGUUGCAAGAACUUGCAGAGUGGCAAGAGUGUCCCCGUGUGCAAAAAUGGAGGCGUGGAAGCAAAAGCUGGGACGCUAGAGAAGCAGCAGCAGCAGCAGGGGUCAUGAUACUGGACCAAACUGGCUGGCAGUGGCCGUACAUGCUCGUUCUCUGUGGAUAGGACAAUCCAACACCAACCCCUUAAACUACCCCAUUAAUCUGCUGGAAGAUGACUUAUGUAAAACAAAGGUACUUAAAUGGCUUUUCGACCUAUGUUUGUUAGGGUGGUGAACAAAACGGGCCUGAUCUGCGAGAGUUAGCUAGCUGAAAUAGCUAACAGGCCCCCUGAGAUGAUUUUUUUUUUUUAAAUUGUCGUUGGGGAUUUUUGUUUUGUUUUUUUGUUUGAAAGAAGGACACAAGAGGAAAAGACUAUAUUGUGGGACUUACGUCUGUGCUGUUGUGCUAAGAUGGCUGAAGGCACAAAGUCGUUGUACCUCUCUGCUGCUCUGUAUUUCUCAGCUAAUUUUGUAUCGGCCACUAAUCAGAAGCUGGUUGCGGAAAUUUGGCUAACAUAGAAGUUAGAUGACGAAGAUAAAUCAUCCGUGCAACCCCUUCCCACCCCCAAAAGCACAGCCCUGUGUACCCCCCCCCGAACAAACAGGAAGGCGACUGAUUACCUUUACUGCGGCUUUAUGAUAGGCCACCACAAGAGUGAAACCACCACUUACUCCCUUACUCUCUCUGCUGGUAGGAUGAUCACCACCAACUUAGUGUCACUAUUUUUCCUCCUAUAUCUUCAAAAAUGCUAGCUUGGUAUUGCUAACAUUUGAUCUCCGUGGAGGGCCUGUAAAAACUAUCUCACUGAGACUGAAAUAAUGGUAAUUCCCCAUAAUCCUCCCUCUGUGCCGCGUGGAAGUACUGCAAGUGAGGGAGAGAGAUAAUCACUUUACAGUGUGUUUCCUAUUUUUGGGGGGUGAAGCACAGACAUUCUAAAAGAUUUUGGAUGCCAUUCACCAAUCACCUCAGAGGUAAUGCAUGUCAUGACCUGCAUGCUCUAGUGUAAUGGUUACCCACCAUGCUAGAAUUCGAUGUGUCGUAGACAAAUGUGUAAAAAAAAAAGAAAAGAAAAAAAAAGUACACCCAACCUUCUCAGGGACUGUUACAGUGAUCCUCUCUAGAACUUGGCCUACUGCAUGUAGAUUUCUAAACUGCCUAAGAGCCCGGUCUGCUUCCUCUUUGCACAAGAAGGCAAAGAAACAUUUAGGGGCAAUAAGGCAAUGCUGAAUAAUUUCAAACAAGGAAGCUAAGCGAGGGACAAACCGGCCAGAAAAAUAAUAUGUUUCCGGAGGAGAGGGGAUGCAAGUGACAGCGAGCGAGGAGGGGGAGAGAAGGCAUAGCAAAGUCGUCGUUGUUGUGUUUGUAUCUAUUCAGCCUUUUUUUUUGUGUCGAAAUCAAACCUGCCACUUGCACAACCUUUUAAGGAAGACGCAAACCCCUUAAAGGAUGUACUAAAGCACAGUAUUAACCACCUCGGCUAUCUCACAUUACAUCGGCGUGUACUACAUUUAGCCCACACACCCCGACCUCCCCCCUACACUCACACACACACACACACAGUGUCUUCAUUAAAAUCUAAUCAUUAUGCUGCAUAGCUGCAUUAGUCAGACAAGUCUAUCUUUUAUCCUCAAAGUCUAUUUUUGUGGCUUGCAUGACAGUCUUAGGACUUUGCCAAAGGAAGCUAGCACACAGUAGCAUGUCUCUGCUGUCUGAGUGAUCACAGUUGUUAUGCACUCUGGCCAAAUGGAGUUGACGGCAGUUGGUUCUUAAAGGCACGCUGCCCUUUAACACAGAUGGCCUUUUUUCUAUUUGGCAAAAAGGCAUACUAGCCUUUGUCGCUCUGUGACACACACACACACACACACCUCUCGUUCACAUUGGACCCUUAACUUCCAUUAGGGCACCUAACUUUUGCUCAUACCCGCAUUUGUCUCGUUGCACAAAGUUGAUAUUACACAGGAAGAAGAAAAAAAGGAAAGGAAAAAAACACACACUGUCCUUAGUCUUGAAUGUAUGAGGCAAUAUUUUCAAAACCUUGCAACCUAGAGAGAAAGGUGCCAAAACUGAGAAUGAUUGUGUGACUGGGCGAACGCCUAGUUUAUAGUAGGUGGGCGGCAAAAAAAUCACAAAUGUUUUGACGAUAUAUUUAGUAAUAGAGCUAUGCAGGUGAAAUGUUAUUUGCUGUAAAUAGUUUCACAACAUUUGUGUUCUUUAGAAGAGACUUUUAAAUGUCCUCGAAAGAUUGCAUGGUACAUUAUAACUACAAUUCAGUACAAAAUAUAUAGAGAAUAUAUUAGAGAUAUAUAUAUAUCUAUAUAUAUAUAUAUAUAGAUAUAUAUAUAUAUAUUUUGAGGGUAAGAUAAAGAUGUUUUUCGAGGUUGCGAGAAAAAAAGGAAAAAAGAGGGAGGGUGGCGAGAGGAAGGUUCGGCGAGGGGGGAACAAAAAUGACAGGUGUUUCUAUCACUAGCACUCGAUUUAGAAAAGUGUACCCAGCAAUAAAAGAAAAGCGCGAAAAAAAACCCAACCCCUGCUGUUUAUGCUAACCCUGGCUCAUUAGCAGUCGAGAGGCUAAGAUAAUUCCCCGGUUCCUCUCCGCGUCCUAAAGACUGUGGACUCAUUGAAUCCACACAGGGAACACAAUCUAGCCCCAUCCGGAUCAACCCAUUUCCUGCUGUUACUGCUCAGUGUCCAAGCUCGCUCCCCCCCCCCAUCCCCUUCUUCAGGUCCCUCUUCUUCCCUCCUUCCUCCCUGAGAAAUUGUCCAACAAACACCCCUGGCCUUGAUUGACAAACACAGCUGCUGUGCAUAAACUUGUCGUACCACAGAGACGGGACGGGACGGGGGGGGGGGGAGAAAGACAACUCUGUCUCUCCCUCUCCCCACGUCUCGCCGUUUUCUGCCUGCCUUUGUUUUUCUCUCUCUGGAGAUGUGUUCUAGUGCCAUCCUUUUUUAACCAGUGGACCUCUUUUCUCAACAAUUGUUGCCUUUCUUUUUCUUUAAUUCCUCAGAUCCGGUGAUGUUGAUGUUUUUUUCAAUUCACAUUCGAUUUAUACUUUAACAUGUGCUCGCUAUCGCCUGUUCAGGGUGUGGAUUAAUCGGCAACAACGACAACUCAAUGAUUAAAAACCGUUUGUUUCUUUUCCCCUUUGCUCAUAUGUGGGCACAGAUGGUUUUUUUUUGCUGUUUUCAACCUGAAGAGGAGGAAAUGUCUCAUACAGCUGGGUGAUGCUACUCCAUUCCUAUUUUUUGCCUUUGCAAUGUCAAUGUUGGGGAUUAAGAAACGAGAUCUGUGCUUUUGUUUUGUUUAGAUAUAACAAAAAGAAAAAAAAAUCUCUCAUAUAAAAGGUUCCCUUUAUAGAUAUAUUUAUUUUGAAGUUCUAUUUUAUAUAGUAUUUAUUUAGAUGCCAACUUUUUUGUUUGUGAAGAAAGCUUAUGUCGAAAUGGAAUGUACAUUGACAAUGGAAAUAUAUAUUGUUAAAUAUA